GCCGGUGUGCGCACGCGCGACUGCAAAAGUGCUCCGGGUAAGAUGGCUUCCAAAAGUUUUGCUUCCCGCCUCAGAGGCUCCGGGCGCUUUCUGAGUGUCUUCGUGGCGGGAGCUGUGGUGGGCGCCGCCGGAGGCGGGUUCACGGCUAUGAAGUUGCUCCGGAGUCAGGGCGCUGAGGCAGCGUUGGCGGUGAGGGAGAUCGACCGUUCUGCAGAAAAGGCUCUCUUGGAACAAUUUGGAGUCCCUUUAACUGGAACAGAGACUAGGCAUUACACUAAUCAUGCCUUGUCUUAUGAUCAGUCAAAGCGGGUGCCUAGAUGGGUUCUUGAACAUAUAUCCAAAAGCAAGAUAAUGGGUGAUGCUGACAGAAAACAUUGUAAAUUCAAGCCUGAUCCCAACAUCCCUCCAACCUUCAGUGCUUUCAACGAAGACUACAUUGGGAGUGGGUGGUCACGAGGACACAUGGCUCCAGCGGGAGAUAACAAAUUCUCAUCUAAAGCCAUGGCUGAAACCUUUUACCUUUCUAAUAUUGUACCUCAGAAUUUUGAUAAUAAUGCUGGAUAUUGGAACAGACUGGAAAUGUACUGUCGAGAACUGACGGAGAGAUUUGAGGAUGUUUGGAUAGUAUCUGGACCGUUGACCUUACCUCAGACUGGAAGUGAUGGAAAGAAAACAGUUAGUUAUCAGCUCUUUCUGCUGAACGGGCCUGGAAGCAGUGAUUCGCAGUUAACAGUGAUUGGUGAGGACAAUGUGGCCGUCCCCUCGCACCUUUAUAAGGUGAUCCUGGCUCGCAGAAGCCCAGUGUCUACUGAACCGCUGGCACUGGGGGCCUUCGUGGUGCCCAAUGAAGCCAUUGGCUUCCAACCCCAGUUAAGUGAAUUCCAAGUGAGCCUUCAGGACCUGGAGAAGUUAUCAGGACUGGUGUUUUUUCCUCAUUUGGAUAGAACUAGUGGUAUCAGGAAUAUCUGCUCUGUGGACACCUGUAAGCUUCUGGAUUUCCAGGAAUUCACUCUGUACCUGAGCACAAGAAAGAUUGAGGGAGCCCGUUCAGUACUCAGACUGGAAAAGGUCAUGGAAAAUUUGAAGAAUGCAGGGAUUGAACCAGAUGAUUACUUCAUGAACCGCUAUAAGAAGAAGCUAGAAGAACUCAAAGCUAAGGAGCAGUCAGGAAUCCUGGAGAGAAAGCCAUCUUAGUUUUUAUCUCAGAAGAUGUGUUGACAACAUCUGUAAUGAAGCAGGUGUGUCCUCUUCAGGCGAAUGUAUUUUAGUGGCUUUGCUUUAAAGAAAUGAUGAAAUGCUAAAUUUCGGACUAAAUUUCUUCCCAAAAGAUGAAAGAUCUAAGAAAUUCUGUCAGGUUUUUAUUUGACACGGGAACUGAUUAUUAAGGGAACUGUAAGACCUACAGAUUGGAUGCUGAGCUGAGCUUAUGUUGCGUUCACAGAGGACUCUCACCACCAGAGGAUGCUGUUUUUGUCUCUGGAUGUUUGUGCCUGAAGGCAUUUUAUUUUUGUGCCCCUGAAUCAUGCACUAUCUUCGAUGUAUCUGCUCAGCUUUCUUGGAGCCCAGUGUUGUAUGUUUUCUUUCUCUAGGACCCAAGUUGGUCUUGGAGGUGGCUUUUCGAUAUCCUCUGUGUGCUAUCCUGUCCACACGUAUUACUGGGUUAUGUAUUCGUUUCUUGCUCCUUCUCUGACAGACCUGCUGGUCCUCCACUUCUGUCCUAAGAAGCCCUCAGCGACAUUUUCCUCUCACCUAGUAUGUUCUGUGUACGAAGCUCAAUGCUUUACAUGUAUUAUCGUACAGCGACUCUCCCAGGUGAAUAUCACUGUCCUCAUUUUACACACGAGGACAUUAAGCCUUAGGAAGCUUAAGUAUUUUGUCCAGGGUUCACCUUUCCAAAGAAGUAACGCACAGAGGUAGGAGGCAGGAGGCAUGUGGGGCCGAGAAGAAAGAAUGAUGUGGAUUGGAAUAAUCCUGACACAGGCUUUUGACUUAGAAAUGUAUACACUGGGAAUCGGUGAUUCUGGGCCCCGCUUGCUAAGAGGGGUCUGGUUUCUUGUCUGCCGUCGACUCAAGUCCUCUGACUUGAACCCUCUUUAGCUCUUUGGGAAGAAAUAAUCACAGGUGUUGGAAAGCUAGAGGGCAUUGCUUUGUGGGUUUUAUCAGAGGCCUUACUUGCCUCCAGGGAUGCAGUUCUUUCAGUGACCAGAUAGUGCCAGAUUGCUGUGUUCUUUGCUUUCUAGGUGAGCAGUUUGUUCCAGAGGUUAAGGGACCUAAGAAGGGUCUGUGUCCACAGAUUCACCAGCUCAUGAUUUUCUUCCCUUGGGCCUGCUUGCCUACCUGGGGAGCACAGGGCAGGUGGUGCUUGUGGUGCUUUGGGCCAAAGACUCAAAGACAAUUCUGAUUAUCUCUAAGGGAAACCGGCUGUUUUUCUGAGCCAGAUCUCUAGAUUUGGGUUUACAUGGAAUCCUUUCAGGGGCCACCAUAAGUAUAGGCAGUGAAAUACCUUAAAAUAGGGCCCCAAAACUUGUAUAAACGUAUCCUAGCUCUGCCGUCUUUCCAAGUGGUAUUUUACAAGAACAGUUUUUGUGGUGUCUUGUGUGUUUGUUUCUAACAGAAAUGCCAAGGCUUUAAGAUAAAGGUAAGAUGAUAAUGAUUGACCUUGUUCUGCUCCUUUGUUUGGAUAAAAAGGAAAGAAGUUGGGGGGUCAGAACACAGUAGCCUGAUUAAUACCAGUCUGUUUUAUCCCACUGUUUGCCGUUAGCUUAUGCCAGGCCUUCUCGGGGAUAAAGAGCCAAAAUGUCACUGUGACCAAAAAAUCUGUUACUUUCUCUCCUUGUUGGAAAGGUGAUGGUGGGGCCUCCCGGUGCGGUGUUUCUCCCAGAGCCCGAGGGGGCGGCUCUGUGGGAGAAGUCCUGGGUGCUUGGCAUGCGUCUCUAGAGGUGAGCCCCCAUCUCCUUUCACCCACGUCUGGCUCCAUGCCCUAUUCUGGCCUGAAUUUUCUUUAGCCUUGGACUGACUUCCCUUGCUCUUCUCACCUCUGCCCCUGUACCUAGAUGGUGGAGAACCUUGAUUCUUAGAUCAGUAAUUGAAGUGCCUUAGGUCUUUAGUGUGAAACGUGCUACCUGGUCAUUGUGAAAAAUAGAGAUUCGUGCUUAUAAUAAAAAACGCAGUCUCCCAGUCUUCAUUUUCACAUGUAGAAGUUGUGUUGGUCUAUAGGAGUGAUGCUUGACUUGUCUGAACACUUCCAGUAAGAGUUCCUCCAGAACAAACUGAAAUGUAAAUACUUGGUAGAACUUAGAAUAUUCCCCAGGAUCAGAUCACUUCAGCCUCGGUAGGACUGCUGAUUAUUUGGACUCUGGAUGCAGGAGAUCCCUAGGCCACUCCCCAGCACGGGUCUGUCCCCUGAUCGGAUAAACUCGUUACCCACCUGAGCCAGUUAGCCUCCAGUUGGUCCUUCCUUGGAGCCAGCCUAAUUCUCAGGCUGGGCCUGGGACUCUGCCUUCUGUCCAAUGAUGCUCAGGGAGUAUCUUGGCCAAGGGGAAGGCUGCAGCCAUCUUCAUGGGCUCUGCUGCCAGAAGCCUAUCUGUAGGUGAGAGUUAUUCCCUGAUCUCCCCACCCCCAGUGACAUGUUUAUUUGAGACUCCAGGCUCUUUGGUCUCUGGAUUGAGAACAUUUGACCAAUGGCAUAUGCAGCAAAGGUCGGACAGGUGUGCCAGCCUGUUAUACAGGCUAGCAUUGCUGCCUUGCACCUUGACCUUCAAACAACUGAAAACCUCUGCUCCUCCUUCAGGCCUCUGAAGGACCCAGAGGAGAGAGACAGUGUGAUCUUGAAGGAGCACCCCUUCAGGGCUGGGCUCAGCCUGGAGCAGCCCCACUCUUGGAAUGACCCUGCCUCAGCACGUCAUUGUCACUCACAUCAGCAGCCCGUUCUGCUCAGUCCUUCACGGCUGCCCCUGUGUGCCCUUAUGUCUUCUGGGCACACUCCAUCAUUGUCCUUGGUCCUUCCUUCUGUUCAUUCUGCUGGAACUAGUCAGGGGGUGCCUCACAUCUGGCGUGGCACUCUUGCUCCUGCCUGCCUCCAUGCCCCCCCCCAUUCCGGCCUGCCUUCCUGGAUGUCAUUCAUGGAGAUGAUCCAUCAGGGGAUCCAGUGCUGUCUUUUCCAGUCCAGCUUUUCCAGGGACUGACCCAUAGGUCAUUAGAGUGAGCCAAGUGCAUGAACCGGACUUCGAUGUGGACCGUGUGUAAUUUUGGGUGUGCAGUGGGGAUGUGAUGGAUGGACUUCUCUUAGUGUUCCUGGACAUGCCAUUAUGGCCUAGGGUCUGGUUGGCCCGAGUACAGAGUACCUGUAGGGGUCACUGUGGCCUAAUGCCACACGGCACGACUCGCGUCUGCUGUGACACUGUCCACACGGAGCCUCUAGCUGCAGUCAGCUUCGGACCUCGGGCUCCAGGCUCCCAGGCCAGAUGGAACAACGGGGCUGUCUUGUCCAGUGGGCCUCACGUUGGGCUCAUCAGGGGCCUCGCUAGCUUAAUUUUUCCCGACUUUAUUUUGAAAAAUGUCCUUACGAGUUGGAAAGUUAAGAAUGCCCUCUCCCCUCAGUAUUUUGUCCCAUUUGCUUUCUCUUUUUCUUGAACCAUUUAAAAGUAAUUCAUUGGUUUAAAAAAAAAAAAGUUACGGGCAUGACACUUCAUUCUUUAAUACUUUGACAUGUAUCACCUAAGAAUAAAGACCUUUCCCUGUAUCUCAGAAUACCAUUCCCUCAUCUACGAAAAUUAUCAAGAACUCCGUAUCAUCUAAUGAACAAUGUCUUAAAGUUUGCCUAGAUUUCCCCCAAAAUCUUAUACUUUUUUUUGAAUAUCCAGGUCUCAGCCAAGGUUUGUGUCUUGUAUCUUGUUGUCAUGUCUAGUCUCUCUUAAUCUAAAACAGCCUGCCUUGUAGGCUUCAAAAAUACAGAGAUUCUUCAACCCCACCCUUGAAGAUUUUGACUCAGUAGGUCAGAUGUGAGGCUGAAAUCUGUAUUUUUUAAACAAGCAACACUGCUGAUUCUGAUGAGCCAGACCACGCCCCACUUUGCCACCACUUUCCACCAACACACAUGUUCCCUAGACAAGAGUCCUCUGGAAAGGUGGGCUUUGAGCUCGUGAACGUCAAAGGAGAAUUUUCUUCCAUCACUUUGUGCUCCCAGGUACCCAAUUGCCUUUAUUAUCAAGCUUCAUAACAAUAAGCUGAAACUUGCCCUGCAACUCACUCAUCAGUUACAGGCCCUAAUGGCCAUCCCAGGCUACACAGAGCUGGCUGGCACCUGCUUUCACCUGAUAGUCCUUUAUUUUUAUUCUUUUAAAGAUUUUAUUUAUUUAUUUGACAGUGAUAGAGACAGCCAGCGAGAGGGGGAACACAAGCAGGGGGAGUGGGAGAGGAAGGAGCAGGCUUCCAGUGGAGGAGCCCGAUGCGGGGCUCGAUCCCCAGGACUCUGGGAUCACACCCUGAGCCGAAGGCAGACGCUUCACAACUGAACCACCCAGGCACCCCCAGCUGAUAGUACUUCAGAGAUAGGAAGGUCAUAAAGACAUCAGAGCAUCUCACUUAACGCUCAGGCGUUCAUGAAUUUCAGACCUGCCACCAUCAUGGUGUUAUGUGGCCUUUGUGGUGUGGCAGCCACGUCUGGGCAAAGCGUCAGAUGCGGUGAUAGCAGAGCUGAAUUGAGUGCUCCCUUAAAGGCGCACUCCACUCUUCUCACUGUACUGUUGGUCUAUGUGGAACUUGGUCCAGCGAACUGCUCCAGGUCGUUUUCACGUGGUCUACUGUCAAGUCACUUUCCCAUCAUGCACUCAUACAAUCAAUAUUUGGAACACAAAUGUGGGGUUAUGUGUAUUCCCUACUGAUAAGAUUUCAUGGUAUUAGAGUUUCUACCCAUCUUAAAUGAGUUCCCAUUCUUGAUGUUCCUGAUUUGGCCAUCUGACAUGUUAACUCUGCCUCCCAGCUUUGAGAUUGCAAGAUCGGGUAAACAAGGCUUCAAAGUGUCUGUUAAAAACAUCGACUGAGAGGCACAGAAGAUCCCUUUGGUAAAAAAUUCAUUUUAUAUGGCAACCUGCUUCACACACUCACCCAAGAUUCAUGUGAUAAUAAUGUGCUCUGAUAUUUUCUAAGUUCAAUUCUUUUCCAGUUCUUUUUAAAAAGGGAAACAACACUGAAUUGACUGCGCAAUGCAGAAAUAAGUCUCUGUCACCAUUUGCUUGUGAGUCACUCUGGGACAGUAAGAGUGCCGGCUGUGCCUCUGGGUACACACAGUACAGCUGGGCCAGCGCUUUGGACACCUCCCUACGCAUGGAGGCACAUGUGGGUCCCUGUCCCAUCUUCCUACCUACCGCCUGGGCAGCCUCCUGCAACUGACCUCAUUCGUCCUUCUAAAUCAGGUUCCUCAUCUGGCAACAGGUGGAGGACGACUGGAGGGAUCAUUUGAGGAUUGACUAAGCUAACAUGUACCUGGGCAAGCCCUCAAUAAAUGGUAGCCAGUUACUAUGAAUUCCUGUUAUCAGCGACUGCCAAAGACAAUGUUUGUGUUGCCCCAAAACUCAUACCUUGAAAUCUAAGCCCCCUCCCAAAGGUAUUAGGAGCUGGAGCCUUUGGCAGGGGAAUAGCUCUGCCCUCCUGAAUGGGAUUAGUGCCCUUUUUAUAAGAGACCAUGGAGAGCUCCUUUGCCCCUCUGUUGUGUGAGGACACCGCAGAAUGAUUGGCCCAACCAGAAAGCGAGCUCUCAUCAGACGCUGAAUCUGCCGGCACCUUGAUCUUGCACUUGUCAGCCUCCAGAACUGUGAGAAAUAAAUUUCUGUUGUUUAUAAA